CACCGCUAUCCCUUCGUCUGGUGCACUCGAUCUGGCUGCCUGCAGACACGGAUUUUAGCCCUACCGUUUGACUUUAUUGCUUUUCCGAGUUGCCAUGCCAACGGCACCAUUGUUCCAUUUUAUCUGUGUGCCCUGUCUACUAUGUUGGGACUUCGCUUGAUGUUAAUUGCUAGGCUUGGCAUACCGCUGGACUUUGGGCGUAACCAUGGUAGGGGGCUGGAUCACACGAAGAUGUUGGGCCUGGCCAGCAGACUUGGCCUGUCAGUCUGGGUUGGAGACACCCAGUUGGGGUCGUGGUCCGAGCCGGGGCUCAAAUACGAUCAGGCCUCAGAGCAGGAGGCCAUCUCUUGGCUCAACGAAAUUACCGGAGCUGGGGUGCCGUUCGGUCGGGAGAAUGUGGCUGCAGCCCUGAAGGAUGGAAAAGUGCUCGUCAGUCGUCCAUCCGAUCAGGUUAGUGAAACUUUGUUGUCUUGCGGUGCAUUUGGGCCGGUGUCUCUCCAGGGCUUGAGGGAGGUGUGCAGUGAUCAAGAGGCCCCUUCUCGAAACUCCCACCUUUGCAUGACGUUACUAGACCAGAAAUGGUAUGACCUAGUUUUUGCAACUUGGUCGCGUUCAUUGGAUCGUGGACUUGGUACUUUUCCAGACGUUUCGCCGGCAUCGUAG